AUGUUUCCAAGUCCAAGGCGCCCUCUCGAUGCCCAGGAGUGCCAGGCCAAGAGGACCGGGGAUGCAGGAAGCAGCGAGGCCAACUCAUCGGGAGUUCCAGCCUCCACCCCCCAGCCCAAUGGAAAUGUCGGUGUGGACCACAACAGCAGACGUCAGAAACCAGAAACCGGGACUCUGCUGGCCCGCUGGGGCCUGAUCAUGCUCCACCCGUGGCCUCGUAAACCCCCCGACGCGACCCCGCCGGACAACACUUGA